AUGUCGUUAAUCUCUUCAAGUUCAUUCACGACAAUGCAAGAAAAGAAACUUCGCAAACUUGCAAAAAAGUGUGGAACGGUUCCUGAGAAUCUCCCUACAAUUCUUCAAAAUCCAGAUAUUGUCACUCUUAUUCUCAAAUACUUAAAAGGCAAAGAUACCGAUGACGAAAUGCCCGCACUUUUGUUCGAUUGGAAUCAGGCUGGCUUUAAUGACACCAACGUUCCAAAUUGCCGUAACGGUGUUGCAGGACAGACCCAAGGGGCUAUAAUUGCAAACCUCCUUGCAAACGGAGCAAUCGAUUUUAUGAAUCUGAACAUACUAUUCGUUUUUCAAAAUGGUCAAGCAAUUGGAACUUGGCACAAGAAUGUCGCUGUGAAUUUGCCUUGGGUGAAACAUCAAGCUGGUGUUCCAGAUAUCUGUAACAACCUCUUAAGACUUAAUAAGAUUACGGCCCACACAGCCAAUGUAGAUAUCGAGGAUUUUUCAGAAGACAGGGAGGGUAUGGAAGAGAACACCGAACUCAAGAGCAGAAUCGAUAAGUUAGAGAAAAAUAGGACAGAUGCUGUUGCCGAGAACGUUGAAAGCAAUUUAGUUAGAGUGAGAACCUUUUACGUAGUUGACCCCAGAAAUCUGGAAAAAGCGAUUACUGGUGCAAAAAGGAUUGAAGCCGGAGAAUACUACGGAAUAACAACAGAAAAGGAAACAAAAAACACUUCCCUAGAAGGAACUAUCGCAGAAUUAACCAAGCAGAUGCAAGAGCUGGCGGCUAAUUAUGCUAAGCUCAUCACAACAAUGACAUCCCAAGCUGGACUUAGAAUGAGAAACAGAGUAGAUAUCCAGGAAGGAUUACCAGGCCCGGCCAUCUAUUUAGCACAGGUAGAAGAGCUACCCACAACAGCCAAAGAACCAGAGACCACUGUGGAAGAGAUGAUUCGACAGGUAGAGAUUGGUGACGAGUUGAACCAGAAAGAGAAAGAAGAG